AUGGCACUGACUAUAAUCAGAGGCAAAUUAUUCACAAAAAAACAUGAAUGGAUAUCUAUAACCAAUAAUAUAGGAACAAUUGGAAUUUCAAAUUAUGCGCAGGAAGCUCUCGGAGAGGUAGUGUACUGUCAGCUGCCCGAAGUUGGCACCGAACUAGUCGCGGGGCAGGAGUGUGCGGCCCUAGAAAGCGUCAAGGCAGCCAGUGAAGUGUACGCUCCUGUUUCAGGCACGGUGACAGAAAAAAACAAAGAGGUGGAAUCCAGCCCAGGUCUGAUUAACAAAUCAUGCUACGGCGAGGGAUGGCUCUUCCGCGUGCGGCUCUCGCAGACCAGCAACUUUGACAAUUUGAUGACACACGCAGCGUAUGAAGACUUGCUGCGUAACCAUGAAGAACACUAAUGGUUCCUCUACACGACGGCCCAUCAUAUUGGCCCACUAGACAUAGGAUCAGUUGCGACCACCACAAUUGA